ACGCGUCGCUCACUAGAUACGUAAUCGGUGCGACACGUGCGGCGCCCUUUCUUCACCUGUUUUAAGCAGCGCCGAAGGUUUGGGGUUCUUAACAGAUUCUCGGUGAGUUUUACCCGAAUAGAACUCUCAGAGGAAGAUGGCUUCUGUUGGGACGCAGGGCAGGAAGAGGAUCCUGAAGGAGGAGGACAUGACCAAGGUGGAGUUUGAGACCAGCGAGGAGGUAGACGUCACCCCCACCUUCGACACCAUGGGCCUCCGAGAGGACCUGCUCCGCGGCAUCUAUGCCUACGGGUUUGAGAAGCCUUCGGCCAUCCAGCAGAGAGCCAUAAAACAAAUCAUCAAAGGCAGAGACGUCAUCGCUCAGUCUCAGUCUGGGACAGGAAAAACAGCCACCUUUUGUGUGUCAGUACUUCAGUGUCUCGACAUCCAGGUGAGGGAGACCCAGGCGCUGAUCCUCGCUCCAACCAGAGAGCUGGCUGGACAGAUUCAGAAGGUGCUGUUGGCUCUGGGAGACUACAUGAACGUCCAGUGUCACACCUGCAUCGGAGGGACCAAUGUGGGAGAAGACAUCAGGAAGCUGGACUAUGGUCAGCACGUGGUGGCUGGGACACCUGGAAGAGUGUUUGAUAUGAUUCGUCGCAGGAGUCUGAGGACGAGGGCCAUCAAGAUGCUGGUUCUGGACGAGGCUGAUGAGAUGCUCAAUAAAGGGUUUAAGGAGCAGAUCUACGACGUGUACCGUUACUUGCCCCCAGCAACACAGGUGGUCCUGAUCAGUGCCACACUGCCACACGAGAUCCUGGAGAUGACCAACAAGUUCAUGACUGACCCCAUCCGCAUCUUGGUCAAACGCGAUGAAUUGACUCUGGAGGGGAUAAAGCAGUUCUUUGUGGCUGUGGAGAGAGAAGAGUGGAAGUUCGACACUCUUUGUGACCUAUACGACACCCUGACCAUCACACAGGCCGUCAUCUUCUGCAACACCAAGAGGAAGGUGGAUUGGCUGACAGAGAAGAUGAGAGAGGCCAACUUCACGGUGUCAUCGAUGCACGGAGACAUGCCUCAGAAAGAGAGGGAGUCCAUCAUGAAGGAGUUCAGAUCAGGAGCCAGUCGCGUCCUGAUUUCGACCGAUGUUUGGGCUCGAGGUUUGGAUGUUCCUCAAGUGUCUCUCAUCAUCAACUAUGACCUGCCCAACAACAGAGAGCUCUACAUCCACAGGAUUGGUCGAUCUGGCCGUUAUGGCCGUAAAGGUGUGGCCAUUAACUUUGUGAAGAAUGACGACAUCAGGAUCCUGCGUGACAUCGAGCAGUACUACUCCACCCAGAUUGACGAGAUGCCCAUGAACGUGGCGGACCUGAUCUGACCUGGACACCUGAGAUUAACUUGGUGUCACUUUGGAGCCUGACCCUUGGACUUCCUGUUAUUUUGUCUUUACAGUUUUGUUAUUUUAUGAGGUGAAAAUGACUAAGGGAUUUGUCUUUGUAAAUAAAAUUGUUUUGGUUCCACAUCA